AUGUCUAACUUCGGAAGGAGGACUUGGGAUCGUGAUGAGUAUGCGGAACUUGAGCGUGAAUCGAGAGGAAAGCUGGCAACAAUAGCUGAAAAGCUGAACCCUCAGCAGCUAGAAAAGCUAAAGACUCGAUACUCCAACCACGCCUUGUUAGUAGCAGAAGCAACACAGAACUCGAAUGAGAGAGUACUGGCUCCAACGAUAACUUCCUACAAAAAGGGCAAACAGUUUGGCUUUUACUGUGAGUUGUGCGACUUGACUUUCAAAGAUACGCUUCAAUUCGUGAAUCACUUGAAUCACAAAACGCAUCAAAUUAAAUUCGAGCUAACUUUCGGAGAGUCACUCAUUUUGGACUUGAGAGAUAAUGAAGAUGUAACUGUACAGGAGUUUGAAGAGGUUUACUCUAACUUGAUACGCGAUUUCCUCAAGGAGAAUCGGCAGGACUCACGACCUGCGAAAAAGCUCAAGUCAGAGAAGAAGAAGGUUGCUGAAGAAAAUUUACCCCUUUCUGAUGGAGUUAACAAGAUAAUGGGAUUUACAGGAUUUGGGAGCACCAAAAAAUGA